AUGUCAAAGGAACUCAAGCGCCUUGGGCUAGCUACCAUAGAACACCACUCUUCCAUAGAAGAGAGUGAUAUUGAGAAGAUGUACUCAUAUUUUUGUAAAAAUCUGGAGAAUGCACAGCUUUUGCAGUAUAAGGUAUUUGUUGACAUCAUGCUGCACUUUGGUCGUAGAGGGAGGGAAAACCUGUCAAAUCUUACAAGAAAGCAUUUUGCAGUUAAACGUGGUGCAGAUGACAAAUUAUAUUUCUAUAAAGUAAUUGAUGAGCAAACAAAAAACCACCAGUCAGACAGUGAAUUAUCCUCAGAUGGACGAAUGUAUGAAAUUACAGAUGGCGAAAGAUGUCCAGUGAAGUCUUUUGUGAAGUAUAUGAGAAGGUUGAAUCCUAAAUGUGUAAAAUUAUUUCAACAAGCAAGAUCAUACCAUAAAGAAGGAGUGUAUUAUGACAAUAUACCUCUAGGUCAUAAUAGACUUGGCCAAUUCAUGAAUGAAAUUAGCAAAAUGGCAAAUCUUUCUCACAUAUAUACCAAUCAUUCCUGCCGAACAACAACUGUUCAUCUUCUUGACGAAGCGGAUAUUCCAAGCAGACAUAUAAUGACAGUUACGGGACACAAGUCAGACACAUCUCUAAAAACUUACUCUGGAAAAACUUGUGAAAAAAAGAAACGGCAUAUGUCGGAAAUCUUAAGCUCAAAAACAUGUGGAAAAAAUCAUGUAUAUCUAAUAUAA